AUGGGUUUGCGUGGCACUGGCUUUCUCUUCCAGUGUUACCUGAUGUUGGCAGCAGCAAUGUAUUUUGAUCUCGGAGAACUGGAGGAAAGAUGCAUCAUCGAGGAGAUUCCUGAAGACACGCUGGUGAAGGGCUAUUUUUUGCUGGAGCCUUGGGACAAGAAGUCUGCAACCCACUCCCCUCACUUUGGUGUCACUGCAACAGUCAAAGACCCGAAUUAUGAGGUUCUGUUGUCCAAACGCUAUGGAAAAUUUGGUAAAUUCACCUUCACAGCUCAUGCCUCCGGUCUGCACUACCUUUGCUUCCAAACUAACUCCACGAGGUUUGCCGUCUUUGCUGGUGAAAAGCUGAAGCUACAUUUGGAUGUUCAAAUGGGAGAGCACUCAGUUGACCCCACGGCUGAGAGAGCCAAAAGCAACAUGGAGAGUCUGCAGAACAGUCUCAGCCACCUCGCAGAGCAGAUGGUGUACAUCAUCAGGCAUCAGGCGUACCAGAGGGACAAGGAGGAGGCGUUCCGACAGGUCAGCGAAGACGCCAACAGUAAAGUGUUGUGGUGGGCCGUAGUGCAGACCUCCGUUCUGCUGUCGGUCGGGUUCUGGCAGAUGAAGCGACUCAAAGACUUCUUUGUCGCCAAGAAACUUGUCUGA